AUGUCGCCAAGCACCCUUCGACUACUUCAAAGAGUAAGCAGCGAGGACGACCGUGGAGGCUCACUGCAAGGAUAUCUCAUAUUCCUAUCCAUUGCGACAACAAUCGCUGUUGGUUUACGCUUUGUUUCUCGAGGCCUUCGAUCAAAUGCGACGGCGUGGGAUCGCACUGCAAGCUUUUGGUGGGAUGACUGGCUGGUUCUGUGCGCUCUGCCCUUCCUCCUUCUUCAAUUCGCUCUAACAUUCGUCAUGAUCAAUAAUGGAUUCGGCCGUCAUCUCGAAACUUUACAACUUAACGAUAUCACCCUUAUUCUCAAACUCUUCUUCACAGGAAACUAUUGUUUCGAUACCGCGAUCUUCCUAUCUAGGGCAUCUGCUCUACUUUUCCUAGUUCGCUUAUUCCCAAAGGGUGUUAACGCUAAGUGGUAUAACAUAUCUUUGUACACUGCACAAGCACUCAACGUUGCUUGGUGGGUAGGAAUUGUUGUUGCGACAUUCUUUGAUUGCAUCCCUAUGGAAAAGAACUGGUACCCGACAAUCGAUGGAGACUGUGUCAAUUCAAACCGAGUUUACAUUGGUAGCGCUGUUGCAAGCGUUGUCAUGGAUCUCAUCAUCUUGCUUCUGCCAUUGCCAAAAAUUUGGAACAUCAAACUCGGCCUCGCACGGAAAGGUGGACUCAUGGUAAUAUUCUUCUUGGGAUAUAGUGUCAUUGUUGUAUCUAUUGGUCGCACAGUCACUCUCCUCAAGUCCACAGAGGCACUCAACACGGAUAUUACUUAUGAGGCAGUGUCAUUAUUCUACUGGUUUGAAACCGAGCCAGCAAUUUGCAUCCUUUGUGUCUGUCUCCCUGCCAUGUUGCCGCUUGGACGGAAACUGGCUGGUUCGUACUUCUCGCCUCUGUGGAUUAAGCUGUCUUCCGUGUGGGCAUCUCGUGGGAGUCAGUCCUAUUCAUCUUCCAGGACGGGCAACAAAAAGCUCUACCGAGGGGCAGCAGCAGAUUCGGGAAGCUUGCGUGCCGAUGGCUUUCAUGAACCCUUUCCCUACACGAAUCAAACUGUUGUUGGCACACAGACCGUACCAUCACGCCAUGACGAGGAUAUGAACUUGUCCACUCAACGUCUCCAUCACAUACAUAGUGCCACCGGAGAUGAUGCGAUCGAGUUGGAAAGCCAGAAUCAUGUUCAAGCAGGUAUUCAGGUUGACAGAACGGUUGAUGUUAAUUAUUAG